CUUCAAGACAAAUACCGAGUAUGAGGUUCGUGUUAUCGGUGCUGCUUUUUGCAGCGGCCGCCUGGGCUGCCGACAAGGGGCGUCCGAGCCUCAAAGAUGCCGUCUACAAAGACCCCAAAGCCUCGGUCGAUGCUCGUGUGAACGACCUACUGUCGCGGAUGACCAUCGAAGAGAAGGCGUCCCAGCUUCUCCAAGGGGACAUCCGCAACUGGAUGAAUGAAUCAACCAAUGCUCUCAACCAGACGGGUCUAGAAUGGAGCGUGAGAUACCGUGGAACCGCUUUCUAUGUUGGCGUGCCCGUCCCGAAUGAGUGGCUCCUCGAACAUAUCAAGGCCGCCCAAGACUACAUUCAGAAAGAGACCUAUCUCGGCAUUCCGGCAUUUGUGCAAACCGAGGGCAUCCACGGUUUCCUUGCCCGUAAUGCCACUAUCUUCAACUCGCCCAUCGCCCAUGCUUGUUCGUGGGACCCGUCCCUGGUCGAGGAGAUGGCGGUCGCCAUUGCCGAAGAGGCCCGCGCCUUUGGUGUCAACCAACUCUUUGCUCCGGUUGCCGACCUGGCACGCGAGCUUCGCCACGGCCGAGUCGAGGAAAUGUACGGCGAGGAUGGCUUUCUCGCCGGAGAGUUUGCCCACGCCUAUGUUAAGGGCGCGCAGUCUGCUGGCGUUAGCGCCAUGGUCAAACACUUUGCCGCUUUUGGCGUGACGGAACAAGGGCUUAACACCGGGCCUACCCAUGGAGGCGAGCGGGAACUGCGGACGACCUUUCUCCCCGCAUACAAACGCGCCAUUGUUGACGGCGGCGUGUUUUCCAUCAUGACGGCCUACCACAGCUAUGACGGCAUCCCGGCUGUCUCCGAUCCGCACCUGCUCACCGACAUCCUCCGAGACGAGUGGAAAUACAAGUACUUCACCAUGACUGACGCAGGCGCCUCGGACCGUCUCUGUAAGGAUUUCAGGAUGUGCGCCGCGGACCCGAUCGACAAGGAGGCCAUCGUUCAGUACAUCCUCCCAGCGGGCGGUGAUGUGGAGAUGGGAGGCGGAUCCUACUCGUUCGAAAAGAUCCCGGAGCUGGUCGCAAACGGCAAGAUCAAAGAGGAGCUCGUCGACAUGGCUGUCGCUCGCGUCCUCAAGGCCAAAUUUGAACUCGGCCUUUUCGAGCAGCCGUUCUUUGGGCUCCCGUUACAAGAAGCCAACAAGGUGAUCCACGCACCAGCCUACCUUGCCCUCGCAAAAAAGCUGGACGAGGAAUCCAUCGUCCUGCUGGAAAACCACAACGACGUUCUUCCACUCCGCAAGGAUGCGUCCAUCGCUGUCAUUGGGCCCAUGGCACACGGCUUCAUGAACUAUGGAGAUUACGUCACCGUCAAUUCUUCCUCCCGCGGCAUUACACCCCUCGACGGUCUGAAGGAACUCAGCAACGGCAAAAUUACCUACGCCAAAGGGUGUGAGCGCUGGUCUACCUCCGAAGAGGGAUUCUCUGAGGCCAUCACAGCUGCCGAGGCUGCCGACGUUGCUGUUGUCGUAGUCGGCACUUGGUCUCGCGAUCAGAACGAACUCUGGCAGGGAUUGAAUGCCACGACGGGAGAGCAUGUCGAUGUCAACAACCUUGACUUGGUCGGCGCCCAAGAACCCCUUGUUCGUGCCAUUAUCGCGACAGGAAAGCCGACCAUCGUGGUCUUUUCUUCAGGCAAACCAGUGACCGCGCCGUGGAUCUCGGACAACGCCGCCGCUCUGGUGCAGCAGUUUUACCCCUCGGAGCAAGGCGGCGCCGCUCUGGCUUCGGUUCUCUUUGGUGACACAAACCCCAGUGGUAGACUCGCUGUGAGCUUCCCCCGUAGCGUCGGAGAUCUGCCUGUCUACUACGACUAUUCGAACUCGGGGCGUGGCGCCUCGCCCGACGCCGGAGUGGCUUACGAAAACGGCACACUUGUUUUCGGACAUCAGUAUGUUCUCGGGGACCCGAGACCGCUGUACGAGUUUGGCUACGGACUCAGCUAUUCGACAUUCACUUACAGCGACGUCGCUGUUGACAAACAAGAAGUGGGAGUCGCGGAUACUGUAACCGUCAGUGCUACGAUUAAAAACACGUCCGGUCGAGAUGGGAAGGAGGUUGUUCAGGUCUAUGUAAAGGACUUGAUUGCCAGCGUCGUUGUCCCUAACAUCCAGUUACGAGGGUUUGAGAAGGUAUUGUUAACGGCUGGGGAGAGUAAACGGGUGAGCAUUAAAGUCAAGGUGCAAGAUCUCGGGAUUUGGAAUGCGAGGAUGAAGUACGUGGUUGAACCGGGGGAGUUCAUGUUUAUGGUUGGGGCCUCGAGCAAUGACAUCAAGGGCAAUGUCACCGUUACUGUUCGGUAA